AUGGAGAGUGCUAAGAAGCAGGGCAGCGCAGCUUCCUCAUUGACUGCUGAUCUCUUUGGUGUCAAGGAGCCACCACCCAAGUCGUCUACUGGGAUUUUUGCAUCUAUUUUUCCACCUCCAUCUCAGGUGGUAGGAAGGAACUCUUCAAGCUCUGAGCUGACGGAAUAUUGGCAAAAACAGUCCUCGGGAAAUCAUGCAUGGAACACCAAGCAAGGUAGUCCAGCUAUAAGUAGCGAAGGUGCACGCUAUAGCUUACCCAACAAGGACCGCAGUUCAGUUCUUCAGGAAGAAAGAGCAGAACCAUGUUAUCUAAGUUCAUCUAUUUACUAUGGUGGGCAAGAGGUGUAUUCCCAGUCCCCAAGUACCCAUGCCUCUGGAUCCUACCCUAUAUUCAAGAAAGAUGGGGGAGAUGAUGAUCCAAAUGGAAGCAAUUCGAACAGUGCUGCCCGAGGAAAUUGGUGGCAAGGUUCGCUGUAUUAUUAG